GCAAACAUCUUGGCGGACACCUUAUGUCGAAAGGCGAUGCUAGCUAUACUUAUAUAGAUUCUCAAGGAUAUAAAAAGGUUACAUUUGGAACUCGAAGCAACGAAAAACACACUCCUAAAUUCCCUAGCUUUGGUGGCACCCUUAGUCUAGCCAAAAGCCAACCCCAGCCGACUCACCAUAUA